CAUGAAGCUUCGAACAGCUUUCGAGUAGAAAGACGUUGGUGUCGAACUCGUUAACAAAUAUGGUCGAUGUUUUUCUGCACAGUGCAGCAUUUUAGAUUUGUACCCUUUUGCUUCAAUGAAUUAGAACGUUUUCAGAUGAAGGUGAUCCAGCACUCUGUGGGGACGCUGCGAACAGCUUUGGUCUCCAAAUGUCACAACUUGGCUCAACUUUAUAGUAAGUACACACAAGAAGAAAGACUUCUUCUAGAGGAAGGACUCCACCCUGGACAGCCUGGUGCCAUUUUCCAACCCAUCACAGUGCACUCGGACUCAGACUGGAUCCCCGCUCACCCUGAGGCUCCUCAAGACUUCGAGAGCUUCUACAAAGACCCUUACCGCAAGACUCCCAGUGCAAGCCACAACACCAUUUACAUUCAAACCAUAGGUUCUUUUGAGGAAGUGGGCAGCCUGACAGAUCAGUGUGUGGAGUGGCUCAGAGAAUAUUGUGAGGCUUUCUUCUACGGGCUUGCUGUUAAGUUGUUACCGGCGGUUACUGUGGCGGAAACAGGAUGCACUUUUAGGGUUAACACAAACUCGCACAAUCUUCAGAUUCUCACUGGAGACCUAUUGCUGUUUUUGAGGAACAGGAAGCCAGAAGAUGCUUUUUGCAUUGUUGGAAUCACAAUGAUUGACCUCUACCCAAAAGACUCGUGGAACUUCGUCUUUGGAGAGGCUUCGCUCAAUAUGGGAAUGGGUGUUUUCAGCUUUGCCAGGUAUGAUGAUAAGUUCUACAGCAGAACUUAUGCCGGGAGGUUGAAGAAACGGCUGCAGCCAAAGCCGGGGGACUAUUCUGUGUUUGACGGCUAUUAUACUCCCCCCAUCACCAGCAAUUUGCUGCUUCGUUCCUGCAAGACUAUGACCCAUGAGAUCGGCCAUAUGUUUGGGAUUAAGCAUUGCCAGUGGUUGAGCUGUGUCAUGCAGGGGUCGAACCACUUGGAUGAGUCCGAUCGACGCCCCCUGAAUUUAUGUCCCAUCUGCCUUCGGAAGCUACAGCUUUCAGUCAGCUUCAAACUAGCGGACAGGUACAAGGCUUUACUGCACUGGAUGGACGAGCGUGGAUCAUCUGGUCCAGAGGAAGCUUCCAAACCCGUUCAGACCUUCCGUCCAGCAAGACUUUGGCUCUGCAGAUGCCUUGACAUAUUGGAAAAAAGAUGAACCCAGAGGACAUAUGAUCCAGUUGGUUAAAAAUGGCCAGCCGUUAUUACCUCCAACAGCCUGCAGAGGGUGAUUAAACUAGAGUUUGUGGGCCUUUGUGCAGCUUCUGUGAUGUCAUAAAGCUGGUUUUGAAAUCCCAAGAAUUUUUGUGAGGGCCUUGCAGACCGAAGAAUUAUCCAUCCACCGACUUUUGUGACUAUAUUUUGAUGUGUGCAUAGUACACAUACAAAUGUUUAUUGCUUUAUUGAAGUUAACAAAAAAUAAAUUUAGGGAAGCCAUCUUUUAACUGGCACAGUA